UGAUGGAGCUAGUAACAUGCAAGGAGAGUUUAAUGGUUUGAAGAGUUUAAUAUUGAAAGAAAACAAGUCUGCUUUUUAUGUCCAUUGUUUUGCUCAUCAACUUCAGUUGGCUCUUGUGCAAAUUACUAAGAAGAACAAGCAAUUAUGUGAGUUUUUUGGUUCUCUUGCAAUGUUAGCAAAUAUUAUUGGAGGUUCUUGUAAACGUCAAGAGUUGCUUCGGGAGAAACAAUUUGAAAAACUGUGCGAAAAGAUUUCUUUUGAUAAUUUUGUAACGGGUAGUGGUUUGAAUCAAGAAGCCACUUUAAAAAGGCCGGGAGAUACACGUUGGAAUUCAUAUUAUUUCACAAUCUUGAGUAUGAUUAAGUUGUUCUCGUCGGUGGUUGAUGUACUAGAGUAUUUAGCAAAUAACGGUGAUGAUGUUGCUCAUUGUGGACAAGCCACAAUCCUUUUAAGAAAUAUUGAGUGUUUUGAGUUUGCCUUUGUUUUGCACUUAAUGAGAUCAGUCUUGGGAAUCACAAAUGAUUUAUCACAAGCAUUGCAAAAAAAAGACCAAGACCUUGCUAAUGCCAUGAAGCUUGUUACUUUUGCUAAAGAUCGACUGCAAGAAUUGAGAGAAGAUGGUUGGGGCAAAUUGUUGCAAGAAACUUCAGAAUUUUGUGUUGAGCAUGACAUUCUUGUCCCAAACAUGGAUGAUAAUUUUCUACUUUACUCAAGAGAUGGCAGAAUAUCCCGGAGAGGUACACAAAUUACAAACUUGAAUCAUUAUCAAAUUGAGGUGCUUUACACAGUCAUAGAUCUUCAACUUUCAGAGUUGAACGAUCGUUUUGAUAAUACCAAUACGGAGUUACUUAGUUUGAUAUCGUGUCUUGAUCCAAGUAAUUCCGAGUUUGAUGAUUGUGGUCUUAUCGUUCUUGCAAAUCAACUUGAAAAUUUUAUUAGAGAUGUUAGAAGUGAUCAAGACUUUUCAAAUAUGGUGGGGGCUAGUAGGCUUGCUGAGAAGUUGGUUGCAAAGAGAAAACAUAUUACUUAUCCAUCGGUGUAUUUGCUAUUGAAGUUGUCGUUAAUUUUGCCGGUUGCAACCGCAUCAGUGGAAAGGGUAUUUUCUGCAAUGAAGAUUGUCAAGUCAGAACUACGCAAUCGUAUGGGGGAUCAAUUGUUGAAUAAUAUUUUGGUGUCGUACAUUGAAAAGGAUAUAUUAGAUAAUGUUAGUGUCGACGAAGUGAUGACUUUUUUCCAAGAAAUGGAACCACGUCGAAAAAUAUUUUAGAACUUUUUAUUUGUAUAUUAAAACGGUAGUAUUUAAAAUAAAAAAUU